CCUCUAGAAAUGUGGUGGCAAAUAUGCAUGUAAAGAAUGUCUAUACAGGCCCUACCACCCCCGCCUCCAAUGUUCGCAAGACCGCUCUUCCACGUAUCUCUCCGCAGUGCUUUCCAACAGCUGCACGCGGGGUACCUGCACAUAAAUUUGCGAAUAUCCCGCCGCUGUCUUCCGUUACGCCAUCUGCACGUACACUUCCACAUGUCUUGCCAUUGUCUCCAACUCGUGGUCGUUUGUCAAAGUCCACUUCAGAGGUCUUCACGGUUAAGGUUUCUGGUGCACCCGAUGGACCGCUUUCCUCUAACCGCACAUUCAGUGGCUCACACUCGUCGGAUCGACCAGACGACGACAAUCCGUUCGAUUCCACAGUGUGCAAAGACCCCUCAGCCAUUCAUGGUCAGCGAAAAGUAUACCAGUCGCCUUCAGCAGAGUCUUCCACAGUCACCCUCGACACAUCUGACACGCCAACUGAAAUCAAUAUCCCAGUUCAAGCUGUGGCUUCUUCACAAAGUCAAUACUUGCUGUCCAUAGAGGCAACACCAAAACGAAACCGAAGUCAUCCCUGCCAUGAUUUCGUUCCGGGUUCACAAACACAAGAGGAAGGCGAGUUGUUCAUAGGCAUGCAGCCAUUCUCGGUUCCCAACCGUGCCACGGAGAUAUCAGUUGGAAACCAGAAACUGACAUUGGAAAGAGCUGAGGAGGCAUCUCGUACACUGUCGCCUUUCCGUGUUCACACUCCUCGGCUUUCAGGGACCGCUCUUAAUGCAUCGUCCGAGGGAACCCGACAAGUGGUCGGUCCAUCACCCUCAUCCAGGCCUCCUGUCCAAUGUAGAAAGGCGGAUCGGCAUCGAUCACGCACAAGGUCAUACUCUCCCUCCUCAAAUACCCUGUCGCGACAGGACUCGAUGAACGUUCCCUCCAUUUUGAGUGACGACUCUGCGACAGAACCGGAGUCUGACACUGAAAUUCGAAAUUGCGCAGCUCAGAUUGCACAAAAGCGAGCGGACCGGGCUCCCACCUCCCCGCGAGGAGCGCUACGUCCCUUCGUUUCUCCACUGGUUUCUCCGGUCAGGCAGCGGUACACUCCAGAACCAUCUGUUCCGAGCUCUUUAGGAGCCCUUAUGGAGGACGGAGUGGGACUUAGCGUGCCUAUGUCCAAUGCGUUAUCUCGUUUCCAUGGAAUGCGUCUUCGGAGACAAUCGGACCCAUCGGAUUCAUUACCUUCUGUUGCUCGGAACUUUAUGGAUAUGUUUAAGGGAGACGGUAGCUAUCCGGAUGAUUUCCCAAACUCCCUCCGUGUAUAGAGGUUGUGCGUCACACAGCAGGCAAGUUAUUACAGACUGUAUCAUUAUAAUUAUCUCUGUAUUUUCCAGAAGCCAUUGUACAUUAAUUACAUAUUCACGCAUCUCGCAGGUGGUAUUUCUAUUGCGCAGAGGAACGGGAGAAACGAAGAGCAAUGGGCAAGAACACUUGCCUUUUGUUAGAAUGGUAGUAGUGUUUGAUAAACUUGAAAUAAGUUUGGUGGGGCUCAGUUGUUGAGUAGACAAGUGAAGAACGAAUAUAGAAUU